AUGUUUGGAGACUUAAAGCAAGCAAUGAUCAAGGAGUUUGAGAUUAUGAAUAUUGCUCUUAUGUCCUACUACUUAGGGAUUGAGAUCAAACAAGGAGAAGAUGAAAUCUUUGUGAAUCAAGAGAAGUUUGCAAAGAAGAUUCUCAAGAAAUUCAAAAUGAAGGAUUGUGCAAAAGUGAAUACUCCAGUCGAGUGUGGAGUGAAGAUGUCAAAGAAUGAUAAAGAGGGGAAUAUAAACUCUACAACAUUUAAGAGUUUAGUUAGGAGUUUGAGAUAUUUGACAUGUACUCGUCCAUAUAUUUUUGAUGAAGUAAGACUUACGAGUAGGUUUAUGGAGACAUCAACUAUGACUUACUUCAAAGCCUUGAAGCGAAUUCUACGAUACAUCAAAGGUACCAUAGAUUUUGGCUUAUUCUAUGAUUAUUCUAAUAGCUUUGAUCUUGUGGGUUAUAGUGAUAGUGAUUAG